AUGGCUACCAUCUCAAUUACUCGGCCUCGUCGCCAAAUCGUGGCCUUCAGGAGGAGCAGCGAUAAUAAAUAUCUGAGCGCCACUCAGAUCCAUGGCCUAACUUAUCUGCAGUUCACUGCCACUGAACUGAGCGACAAAACUAUAGCACAUGAGUUAGUCAGCGCUCGUGAUGGAUUAGUCAAAAUAAGAUCCAUUGCGACCGGACAUUUCUGGAAGCGCAGCCCCACAUCCAACUGGAUCUUUGCCUCCGACGACAGUAGUCCGUGCGACGACGAUGCUAACACGCUGUUCCUUCCGGUGAAACUCGACGAGAACGAAGUUGCAUACCGCAACCAUGAAAACCAGAUGUUCUGCAAGAGUCGUUCCCCGGACGGCAAGAGAGAGUGUCUCAUUGCCUCCGCGCCCGACCUGUCUAAUGUGGCGAAGAUGGAGCUGGUGGACCUCCCAGGUCAUUAUUAA